UGCUCUAAAUAUAAAAAUAGAAACAUUGAGCAGUCGUCGACACGUUAAGCCGGCUUUCUUAAAUUCUUCGUGAUUAACCUUAAAAUUUCAUUGAUAUUAAAAAAAUAUUGCUAAAAUCCGCAUUUGCAUUGAAAAUUCAAUCAGUGUUACAUCUAUAGAUCUACCUUAAAAUGUCGCAAAACAACGAGGGAUUCUUCAAGCAGUUUCAUGAAAAUAUAAACAACGAACUAGACGACGUGACGAGAAAUAAUUUCGCUAAUUUAGAAUCUAAUUCAAAACGCGUAUCGUACUUGUGCUCUCUUCCCUUGAUAAAAAACUAUGAUCUUUCAAGUGACGUAAGUAAAAUAGAAAUCGGAGGUGAUUUUCCAGUUAAAAAAGAUAUAAAUAAAGCUCGAGCUUUUAAAGAUGAAGGAAACAAAGCUGUUCAGAAAGGCGAUUGGACAAAAUCAUUACAGUUGUACAGUCAAAGUUUACUUUUCAUGCCUCAAAAAGAAAGUGAUGAACUUUCAAUUGUCUACGCAAACCGUUCAGCUGCCUUAAAUCACUUAGAACAGUACGAAGAUUCUCUGACAGAUAUCCGACGCUGCCUCUCUCUGGGUUACCCUCGACAUUUAAGAUACAAAGUAUACGAGAGGAGAGCCAGAUGUCUACUCGUGUUAAAAAGAAACCAAGAAGCUAUUAAAGCUUUUCAAGAUACAAUUAGUGCCUUAGAUGAAGCUAGCAAUUUAAACAAAGAAAAAAGACAAAAAAUGCGGACAGAUGCUAAACUUAUGUUGGAAGUAUUAAACAAAGGAUUAGUGCUGGCUGGAAAUCCAAAGGAUCCAGAACCUUUGAAGAAAACUCCACCGAAACCUAAGUUGCCUGGAAUACAUAACUCGCAAUAUCCUGCUGCUUCAGAUGCCAUUCAAAUUGAAUAUGACAAAGACAAGGGUAGAUUCGCUACUGCAACUAGGGAUGUAGCGGCUGGCGAAGUUUUACUUAUUGAAAAACCUCACAGCGGCGUUUUGUUGGGCGAAUAUUGCAAAACUCAUUGUCAUAACUGUUUUUUGAGAUGUCCCAUUCCCGUGCCUUGUCCAAAAUGUCCGAACGUCAUAUUUUGUAGUGACAAAUGUUUGGAAACAGCAAUACAAUCGUAUCAUGGCUACGAAUGUCACAUUCUGCCACUUCUUUGGAAGUCAGGUUGUUCGAUUACUUGUCAUAUUGCGUUGAGGAUGAUAACACAAAAGACGAAAGAGUAUUUCACGAAAAUAUAUAAUGAUUUGGAAAAUAAGCCAACUGGGGUGUAUAAAACUGAUGAUUAUAAAAACAUAUACCACCUAGUUUCACACGAAGAUAAAAGAACAAAACAAGACUUGUUGCAUAGAGCGCAGAUGACAAUAUUUUUACUGAAGCUUUUAGAACUAAGCGGUUUCUUCGGCGGUAAAACUAGGGAAAACCCAAUAGAUUUGAAUGAAAUAAAAACAAUGGAAAUUGGAGACCUUCAUGGUGAUGAUAUAUUGUUAUUUGGGAGCCUUAUAUUAAAGAAUCUUCAAAUACUCCAAUUCAAUGCCCACGAAGUAUUUGAGUUACAGUGCCCGAAGCCAAAAGUUGGUCAAUAUGUUAUCAAACACGACGGCAAGUCUGUAUUUCUAGCAGGUGCGGUGUUUCCCACACUUGCUUUGUUUAACCACUCUUGUGACCCAGGCGUUGUAAGAUACUUUUGCGGUCCCUAUGUUGUUGUACGCGCUGUAAAAAAUAUUAAGAAAGGUGAAGAAGUGGCUGAAAAUUACGGUCCAAUAUUUACGACUGUUAAAAAGCAAAAUCGACAAGCUGAACUGAAAGAUCAGUAUUGGUUUGACUGCACGUGUUUACCUUGCCAGCAAAAUUGGCCUACCUAUGAAGAGAUGACAGAAAAUUAUAUGCGUUUUAAAUGUGAUUCUGACCAGCUUUGUCCCAAUGUAGUACCGGUCCCGUAUGACUGUAAGGACUUCAUGCUGCAAUGUGGCCUGUGUCAACAAUAUACAAACAUUCUGAAAGGAUUAAAAUCAUUGCAAGACACAGAAAUAAUGUACAAGCUAGGCCGAGCAGCCAUGGAAGAAGGAAAAUAUGGGGAAGCUAUGAAGAAAUUUAUAGAAAUGCUGAAGCUCUACGAUACCACCUUAGCUCCACCUUAUCGGUCUUACUAUGAUUGUGUUCAAGACCUUAGACGCUGCAUGCUAGCUCUAGGCAAUUAUAGUAUUGUUUAGAUUUUUUUUUAUGUGUGUAUUAAUAAAAAAUUGUUGAUUU